UCAACGCGAUCGAGAAGAAUACGAAAGUCCUGUUUUGUCUGGUCUGGUGAACUGAGUAUUUUGUUUAAUAUUUGACGAUUUUUUGAGAUUAUUAAAGAAUAAAUCCGUCCGACAUUGGCAGUUUUGUUCAUUUUAAUCACACUAAUAGAUUUGGAUUCAUAAUAAUAAGCAACACUGAAUACUGUCAAAUAAUGAUUGACUGCUGUAUUGAAAUAUUGUUUCGAAGUAAUAUCAAAAACAGACCUGAUUGCUAACACAGUUACACUUCCUUAAUAGGAACAAGAGCAAUGAAUAUGACUUCUAUAUUUUCCUGUGUAUGAGGUACAUGAUACUCUUCUGAUCAACUUUAUUCUGGAGUGUGUAAGCUUUAUUUAUUUAUCCGAAUGGAAAAGAAGCAUCCUCCAAACAAACCGCGGAAUCAUUUGUCUGCUGCAGCUUGUCACCCAGCUCCAAUUCAUUCUUCAUCCACAUCAAUUGAAUCUAAAUAUAAUAUAGCAGGGACCCACGGGUCAGUCUCCAACCAUGCAGGUGUGUCUGGUACAGCUAGCAAUAAUACUACAGCAGACUUAGCAAGUUUAUUUGAAUGUCCUGUUUGCUUUGACUAUGUCUUACCACCCAUACUGCAGUGUCAGAAUGGACAUUUAGUUUGUGCCUCAUGUCGCCAUAAAUUAACUUGUUGUCCUAGUUGUCGAGGACCUAUAGGUAAUAUUAGAAAUUUAGCUAUGGAAAAAGUUGCCACAACUGUGUUCUUUCCAUGUAAAUAUUGUCAAAGUGGCUGCAAGCAACAAUUGAUGCACACUGAAAAAGCAGAUCAUGAAGAACUUUGUGAAUUCAGACCUUAUUCAUGUCCUUGCCCUGGUGCUCAGUGUAAAUGGUUUGGUUCAUUAGAUCAAGUGAUGCCUCAUUUAAUGGCAAUUCACAAAUCAAUUACAACACUUCAAGGAGAAGAUAUUGUGUUCCUAGCUACAGAUAUAAAUCUUCCUGGUGCUGUAGAUUGGGUGAUGAUGCAGUCUUGUUUCGGCCAUCAUUUCAUGUUGGUUCUUGAAAAACAAGAAAAAGUAGAUGGUCACCAACAGUUCUAUGCAAUUGUUCAACUUAUUGGAUCAAGAAAGCAAGCUGAAAAUUUUAUUUAUAGGUUGGAAUUGAAUGGCAACAGACGACGUUUGACGUGGGAAGCAACACCUCGUAGUAUACUGGAAGGAGUUACUCCAGCCAUAAUGAGUAGUGACUGUCUUGUCUUUGACACCAAUAUAGCCCAGAUAUUUGCCGACAAUGGCAACCUUGGGAUAAAUGUAACAAUAUCCGUGUGCUGACAACCUUAUUCAUUUACUUUUUUUCCUUUUGCACUGUUCAUAAUCAUCUAGUGAAUGCAAGUCAACAGAUAUUGACUGUUUUCACUGUAUGGGUGCCUCACUUUUAUUUGAUAGGAGUAUGAAAAUGAAAGCUGACCAAAAUAAUUUCAUAGUACUUGGAUAAUUAAAUAAGUAAAGUUUAAUUGCAACACAAAUAAAGAAAUUAUUUUGUAAAUAUUUUAGUCCUUAAGCAGAUAUGGAAAACAAAUUCGGAAAUUUCAUUUAUAUUCAAUUUUAUGUAUACAUAUAGUUACAAGAAAAAGGGAAUUCCAUUAGUAGAUUGUAUCUCACACAAAAAAUAGUUUGUACGUUCUGCUUACUGGAAGCAUAUAUUUUAAUCUGAUAACUUCCAUUUUUAAAUUUUAUUAUGUUGUAAAUUUAAAAUAUCAUUUAGUACAAUAAAAUUCAAUUUCAUCUUGGUCUUUACGUUUGAAAUUAAUUUUUCUUAGGUAUAAAGGAAUAAUCUGAUAACAGCUGCAUCACUAUGCAAAAGAAUACAUUUCAGGUGUUACUGUUUUCCCCCCAAUAAAACUUUCAGUUAUAUAGAUAUAUACACACUUCAGUUUAUUCUCAAGUACAUGAAAUUUAAAAAUCGAUUACAUACAGUGUGUAAAGUACUGUUUGUUUAGAAAUUUACAUCUUUUGAUGUAUCCCUUAUUUGCAAAUUACAUGAUAUAGUGUCUUAUUAUAGGCUACGCAUAUUUUACAAUGCUUUGCAUAAAAUGAAUUUUUUAAAAGCUUAAUUUUUUUAAAAAAUUUCAAAUUUUUUUUAAUUGUUUCUUUUUCAAAAAUAAGUAUGCAAUUUAGAUUUGGCAUAUGUUUUUAGUGGUGUGUUUAAAAUCUUAAUCAUAUAAGUUAGCUAUUUGCAAUUUCCUGUAAAAUUUCAGUUGUCUAGAAAGUAAUUGCAAUUAAUGCUUUGCUGUUAUAUGGAAUGGUAGAGAAGUUUAUUCAUACUUUUAAACUGAACAGUGAACUGUCUUUCAAAUUAGAUAAAUUUUGAAGAAACUGAUCCCCCAUCCUCUUUAUUUCAUUUAAAUUUUAGUGAAAGUAUUUUUUCUAAAAUAAUAGCUCCUGAAUAAUAGUUAUAUAUUUAUAUAUAGAAAUACCAUUAAUAUAUUUAAUCACUUAUUUAUAAUUCUAUAUAAAUGUCUUUGAUUUCAAUACUUUAACUUGGUGACAAAUUAUUCCGAAAAAUUGGUUUAAAAUGUUAGUCAUUGUUAUUUAAUUUAAAUUGUACUUUUGUAAUAUUUUUUCAAUUCAACAUUAAACAGUGUUAUACUUUUAUAAAUAUUUAAAAGACCUGUUAUGCAAAAUAUCAAUAAUUUAGAGAACUAUAAGAAAGAUAUUGAUCUUCCAGUGUUAUCCUCGGAUUGAAUUUAAAAAAAAAAGUUAUAUAAUCUGGAUUUAUAAAUUGAACUACAAAAAGAGAAAAAAAAAACUGAUUAUUUAAAUUUAAAAAAAAAUCAAACAUUGGAUAGACCUGUAUACUAUACAGUUCUAUUAAAAAAAAAUAUUUCAGUAAAAGGCAUGCGUAUUUCUGAAAAAUUUCACUUGUAACUUGUAGUCAUAUGUCUUAAUCAUGCUAAUUUAUUCAUUUUUAAAUAUCUUCAUUUAACAUCAGUUGAAUACUAAAGAGAAAGAUAGUCUUUACACCUUUAUGAAAUGCAUUGAUGCCAUGUAAUGCAAAUAAUUUUUGUUGUAAAAUAAAAUGAUUUAUUUUAAUCUAAUGUUUCUCUUCUAGAGUUUUUUUUUUUUUUUAACUUUUUGAGUCUUUCUCCCAUUGUUUUAAUUACAUUGUAGUCAUUUAAAUAAGCAGAGAAAGAAUGUGUUGAAAAUUUCAAAAGUUAUGCUUUAAUUGUUUAUGUGUUAGUUUUAUCUCUUCCUGUUGCUGUUUGUUAUUUUAGGGGAUUGGACACAUUUUAAAAUUCACAUUUUUAAAAAACAAAAUUUUCUCAAAUUUCUUUGAGAGGCAUUAAAAAGGAUAAAUGUUUUUUUUUUUAAUGUAUUGGUUGACAAUUAAAGCUUAUGCUUAUUUUUUAUUAAAUUUUGUUUACUUUACUGCCAUUUUAAUUUUUACUGCAGAUAUCUGGAGAUCUUUAUAUUAAAAAAUACUGCAAUAUUAGAGAUAGCAUUCCAUUUUGAAAAAGGUAUAUUGCAUUCAAUGUUAAUUUUUUUGUCAUUAAAGUGUUCUGCUACUGACAAUUGGAUUUUCUUUUGGCAUUAAUAAAGUUUUGUCACCAUGCAUUUCGCUGCUAAAAAUUUCUGGGUGAUUUGAAGGACAGGAUUAAAGCAUAGUGUGUAGAUGGAAAAGGCUGAUUUUUUGUUUGUUUUGUUUUUCUGUAAAUAUAUGGCGAAAUUCCUUGUAUGCCAAUGUGUCUAACUAUUAUCUUUGUAUAAAUACCCAGCAAAUGUAGUUUAUAGUAUUAAAUAACUUAUAUUUUUUAACUUAAGCUGUAAAAGUCUUUCAGAAAUUUCUGUAUUUAUCUAAAUGUAGUUAUUUUAAAGUCUUAAUCUGGAUUGGAAAAUGUACAUAUAUUUUCAGUCUAGGUAUAAACAAGUGUUUAUACUUUAUUGAGAAAUAAAAAAUAGGCUGUUAAAAAUGUCUAGGAAAGAAAUAAAUGGAUUUUCUUUUAAGCUAUCUGCAGUUAAAUAAUAAAUAUUGUGCCUUCUGAUACUGUUCAAACUGAAAGAAUAAUAGCAUUUAAAAGCUUGAUUGUUAUCAUGAAAAACAAUAAAUACUUUUCUGCUGUAAGGUUUUUUUUUCUCCCAUCUAAAUAAGUUUGUUAUACAAUGUAAAGGAAUGGAACUAUAAACUCAUAUUAAAGGUUAAUGCUUUCUACUUUUGAAAUUAUUAAAUAAUCCAUGCAUUAUCAAUUAAAUUUUUUUAAAGAUAUACUGUAAUGACUAAUAUAUAAAUUCAAAGUACAAAAUUUCAAAUGUCAAGUAAAAUUCUUAAUGUCGGUUCUUUAUUAUUAUUAUUGUUGUUGAAAGGAAACAGUGAAUUCACCGGUUACCUGUAAAUUGGCAUGCUAUCAAUAUUGAUAAUUUUCAUUAUUGUCUUACAAAUCAAAUUUCUAAGGUCCAUUGGUUUUGUGAUGUAUACUGUUUGGAAUGUACACUGCCAUAAAUUGCAUUAUACCUAUGAGCAAAACGAAUGUGAAUGUUCUAUUAUAUACUCAUAGUUGUAGAACAUCAAAAUUUGCAGUAAUGUAUUAAAAAAAUAAAAUCAUGUAGACAUUCUUUUUACCAUAUGAGAUUGUUUUGAAAGAAGCACGUAAGAUUUUUUUUUUUUAAAGUUUUAUUUCGGUUUCUAGUCACAUUACUAAAAAGUAUUUCCAACAGUGUGAUAAAAGUCAAUAACAUAAGCAAUAUUUAAACUUUACUUUAAAUAGACUGUACAUUCAAAUUAAUAUGACUAUAGUUUUUAUUUUAUUUUUUAAAAAAUGUUGAUUAUCUUUCUUUUGUCAGCAUUUCAUUAACUCUCAUCUAAGUUUACAUUUAAAAAAUAUCAUUUAAUUUAAUAAACUUUUUGUUCUCAGUUAUAAAUUUAAAUACAUAGUCUUGUUUAUAGAUAUCAGUUAUAUAUUUUUUCCGUAUGUUUAUGAAGUACUGCCAUACAUUUGUUUUGUCGCUCUAAGUACUUGGAUAAUAUUGGUUGCAUGUUUAUACGUCAUAUAUUAUACAAUUUGUCAAUGAUUUUUUUUCCAUUAUAGGUAUAAAAAUGUAUCAGUGUAUGUUUAAGUUCUCUUUUUAUUUUUCUGUUGACUUGUAUUAUUGCUUCCAGAUGUAUAUUACUUCCCUCAGAAUAUGCAUAUUUUUGAUAUUUUUUUGUUUGUUAAAUACAUUUCUGUCUAGGAAUGUGUUUAACAUAUUCAGUAGUACUUUAACUCAUUUAUUGUAAAAUAUUUCUUUCAGAACUCUUGUAUA